AUGUUUGCUAUGAAGAUGUUAAUGAUAAAGAGUGAGCUUGUGAUGUUAAGCCAUCCUGCUCAUACGAGCCAAAUCGUUCCUACCCUAUUCUCUAAAAUCAGUCAACAAUCACAACAAUGGCUUCCAAAAAAUACCGUUCAAAUCACCGCCUCCACUCACCUCACAAUCAAACUUACGCCAAACAAUUAUCCGGUGUGGAGAAAACAGGUUGAAUCAACCUUAAUCAGCCUUGACCUAGAUGGUCACCUCAUCUCAGCACCACCGACGACCACCCUCACAGACAGAGACGGAAAAAUCAUCGCAAAUCCAGAGUAUCGGCCAUGGUACUGCAAGGAUCAGAUGAUCUUUAGUGCAAUUUUAGGGAGUCGCUCAGAUUCAAUCCAACCCCUGGUGUCAUCUGCUACAACAGCCCGUGAGGCUUGGAAUCGACUCAAUUCCAGUUACGCCUCUACUUCCAGGUCACGCAUCAUCUCCCUUAAAUCUAAACUAGUGAAAAACCCUAAAGGAUCACGAUCGAUCACAAAAUUUCUCCAGGAUAUGCGUGCUAUCGCUGAUUCCCUGGACCUUGCCCAGAGCCCCGUCACCGAAGAGGACCUCAUGGUCCAUAUUCUCUCACAGCUUGGCGACGAAUAUCACACCAUUGCUGCUGCUCUCAAGGUACGAGAACAUCCAAUUGAAUACUCAGAACUGUUUGACAAACUUACUGACUUUGAACGUAGCCUCAAAGAAGCCCCUCCUCCCUCCGAUAUCCUGCCUACCACGGUCAAUUACACUACCCACAAUCAAGGGUUCCACAAUCGGUCAUCCAAUACCAACUCUUCCAAUCGACAUACUCGAUCUUCACCGCCCUUUCAGUCUCGUGGCUCUCAACAGUCUCAAUGGCAUAACAACAACAAUCCUGGUGGUAACCGCAACACAAAAAGCAACCAGUUUUGUCAAUUCUGUCACAUCCCAGCCAUUCAACAUCAGUGGUGCAGAAUCCGUGAGAAAUUAACUGGAAGAACGGGUGCAAAAAGAGGCGAACGGAUGAUUUAG